AUGUCGAAGACACUCAACGCGUAUAGGAUAAAGAAGAUCGAAUCCCUCGGCAGAAUGACGGCUAUGACGCAGGAGGAGAUGGUGGCCGGCGCGAGGACGGUCGCCGCCGGCCUCGAGGCGCUUAGAGCUGAACAAACGCAGCUGUUAGCUGGUCUCGCAGCCAACACGGAUCACGAGCACGAGAAGGCGGCGCUCGUGAGGAAGAGCAUCGAGUCUAUUGAACUCGGCUUGGGGGAGGCUCAGGUGAUGGUGGCCCUCGCGUCUCACCUGCAAUCGGUGGAGGCCGAGAAACAGAAGUUGCGAACCCAAGUACGCCGCCUGUGCCAGGAGAACGCGUGGCUUCGUGACGAACUUGCAGCAGCGCAGCAGCGCUUGCAGGCGUCCGAGCAACGGGUCUCGCAGCUGGAGGAGGAGAACAAACACCUGGAAUUUAUGGCGUCUAUCCGUAAAUACGACAGCGAUGUGACAGAAGAGAACGACACAAAUCGCAGCGGACAGACAGACAACAAGCGCGACGACCCGAUGGUCGAUCUGUUCCCCGACGAUGACCACGAAGACAAUAGGAAUAAUAAGUCGAUGUCACCAACACCACCAUCACAGUUCGCGCAGCAAGUGAACGCGGGCUACGAGAUCCCGGCUCGUCUGCGAACCCUCCACAACCUGGUGAUCCAGUACGCCUCCCAGGGCAGGUACGAGGUGGCCGUCCCGCUAUGCAAGCAGGCGCUCGAAGACUUGGAGAAGACGUCGGGCCACGACCACCCGGAUGUCGCUACUAUGCUUAAUAUAUUGGCACUGGUAUACCGAGACCAGAACAAAUAUAAGGAGGCUGCUAACCUCUUGAACGACGCGCUGUCCAUCCGAGAGAAAACUCUCGGCGAGAAUCACCCCGCUGUGGCUGCUACUCUUAACAACCUUGCUGUGCUCUAUGGAAAACGAGGCAAGUACCGUGAAGCCGAACCGCUGUGUAAACGAGCGUUGUGCAUCCGUGAAGCGGUUUUGGGACGCGACCAUCCCGACGUGGCGAAGCAGCUCAACAACUUGGCUCUUCUCUGUCAGAAUCAGAAUAAAUACGAAGAAGUAGAGCAAUAUUAUCAACGUGCGCUGGAGAUCUACGAGAGCAAACUCGGGCCGGAUGACCCUAACGUUGCUAAGACAAAGAACAACCUUGCCUCUUGCUAUCUCAAACAGGGCAAAUACAAGGAAGCGGAGACUCUAUACAAACAAGUGUUGACUCGUGCGCACGAAAGGGAAUUCGGAACUAUUGAUGGCGACAACAAACCGAUUUGGCAAGUGGCCGAGGAACGCGAAGAGAACAAGCACCUGCAGAAGGAGAACGCCCCUUACGGAGAGUAUGGUGGAUGGCAUAAAGCAGCUAAGGUCGACUCCCCGACAGUGACGACCACGCUUAAGAACUUGGGCGCACUUUACCGACGCCAAGGCAAAUACGAGGCGGCCGAAACCCUCGAGGACUGCGCCCUUCGCAGCCGAAAGGAGGCAUUGGACAUGAUAAAGCAGACGAAGGGCCGCAGCGCGCGCGCACGAGACUCGCUCGAUCAACAAGAGGAAGAGAUCACGGGCACGAACCAAACGAGCGAGCCACGCAUGAACCUAAAAUCGAAACUUUUCAAUGCGCUAGGUAUCAACACGGGGAAUGCGCCACACCAGUAG